UAUCUAUGACACUAUGACAGAAACAAGACUAAUAUAAAUAAUAAUAAAUAAACAAAUAUUUUUAAAUUUGGAAUCUUUCAAUAAGCGAAUCUUCGAUUUCCAUGUAAUCGACUGAAUCAUUUUAGUCAAUUUGAUACGUAUUAUUUACCAUGCCUUUAACAAAGGAAAAAAGAAAACUCAAUAAAUUGAUUCAACAGUCCGACUCUGAUGAAAGUGAACAUGAACUUUCUUAUUAUGUGAAUGAUAGAAUUAAGUUGAUGAAAGAAGUUUUGAAAAUAGUAAAACCUAAAAAAAUAAAACUUAUGGCACCUUCUUGUCUUAGAAAUGUCGAUUCUGAAGAAAUAAAUUCCAUGUUACUGGAAGAAUUAUUGGGUAUAUCUAACAAGCGAUUAAAAUAUAUUUUCAAUGGUCAAAGUUUAGAUGAAGAUAGUAGUACUACUAGCGAAGACAACCACCCUAUUGAUGUAAUUUCAUUGGAUGACAUAUCUGAUGAUGAAUUGGUGAUAAAUGUAGAUGAUGAUGAAGAUACAGGUCAAAAAAAGGAUAGAAAAGAUUCUAAACAUCGUAAAUGUAAAAGAUCAAGAACAAAAAAUUCUGUUAAAUUAGAGAUAGAAAAGAAUGAGAAGUUGCCAGAAGGGGAAAAUGAAAUUGGAUCAAAUAAAAAUCUUAUGAGUGUAUUGGAAUUGCUGGAAUUACAAGCAAGAGCAAGAGCUAUCAAAUCUCAAUUACUUUUAGAGAAUGCAAAAACUCAGGAAAGUAUUUCAUUAAGUAAAAUCCCCACAAUUGAAGAAAAAGUAGGAAGUGAUGAUGAAGUAAUUAUUCAAACUACUAAAACUGAAGAAAUAAUUAUUACAUCUUCCGAUUCUGAGUAUGAAGGAAUGAUCAAUGAUACAUCUGAAAAAAAUAAUGAAGAAUUUGCAGAAAACAUUGACAUUGAUAAACAAAAAAAGGAAAAUAUGGAAGUAGAUAAAUCGACAAAUAUCAAAGUUAUUGAGAAUAAAGAACUGACAAGUGAUGAAUUAUUCACAAAUGAAAAUAAUAGAGACGAGUUAAGUGAUAAAAAGGUCGAAAUAUGUGAUGAAAACAAAGAAAAAUCAUUGGAAAAUGAUGAAAUAAUUCAAAUAAAUCUAAGUGAUGAUGAAAUGAAUGAAUUGAAAUGAUGGGCACUAGUUAAUACUAGCUGAUACAAAGCUAAUGCUUUGUUGUGAAAUUGUAAAUAAGAUGAAAUAAUUCAUUAAUUUUUCAGAAAAAAAGGAUCCUUUUAUUUACUUAAUUGAGAUUUUUCUGGUAAUGUGAUAAAAUAAAUUGAAUUCACUGAAAUAUUAGCACAAAUUCUAUGAUAGAGAAAUUUAUUGUUUGUUUAUUCAUUAAUUCAUGAUAAAAUUAUCAAAAAAAACCUGUACUGAAAAAUUAAUGAUUAAGAGUAUUGAAUAUUUUAAAGUGAAAAGAGUGCAUAUUUGUGGAAAGAAAUCCCAUCAGUCUUGCUCCAUAAUAAUGAACAGAUAAAGAAAUAUUAUUGAACAACCACUGUUUCCCUCUAAUAUGACUUUUAUAUUUCUACUUUGAGAUGACAAUUUUCAUUCAAUGGAAGUCUUAUUAAAGGAGAAAUUGCGUAUGUUGAGAACUAGCAACUGAAAUAGUCAAAAUGCCUAUUCAAAAACAAGACCUCUUAAAUUUAUGUGCCUUGGCUGUACAAAAUGAAGAUCUUAUAGUUGGCAUAGGAAAAAUGGCAUUGGCCCUGUCACCUAAUGCACAAGCAUUCAAUAUUGCCAGAGGUGUUGCUGGAAUGGUAUUCAAUAGGCUUGGCGUCAAUAACCAGAGCGGAUAUGACAGAUCUCCUGUAGGAAAUUCAAGAUAUGGGAAACAAAUUCCUGCUGGCGAAUACAUCCAGAAUCUCAUGAACGAGGACCAGCAAGAAGAAUUGAUCGACAGAGUAUCUGGAGUUUUGGGCAAUAGAAGCGAAAACUUUUCAUUCAAUGACCUUUUGGGAAUGGUACUGAAUAACUCUAACGUAAAAAAUUUGGUAAUAAGAGAAAUCAAGAGAUUUUUGGAGAGUGAAAACUUAUCAUGUAAUCGUUCCUAUGACUGUUGUUCCAGGAGUAGGUCUUGUUCUAGAUAUUAAAUUAUUUCUGCAGAUUGAACGCUAGCGAUAACUACUUAAAACUAUUCUUAUGUAUUUGUAGUCUCAAGAUUUUGUUGAUUCAAAACUAUUCAAUUGGAUCGAAUCAAUUUAUAUAUUCAAAAUCAAAAUCUCACAAGAUGUGAAGAGACACUUUAAAUAUUAUGUGUUAUUUGACUUUUAAAUGUUUUUUGUGAUUGUAUUUUUAUUUUGUAUUUAACUGACUUUUUAAUUAUUGUCAAUAUGAUAUUAUUUUCAUUCAUUGUUUUACAUUGAGCUGGAACUUGAUUAUGACAAUAAAGAAUUUCCAAAUUUA